AGUCGUGACCUUUUGUGAAUGCGCAUGCGCAAUACCAGUCAUUUUGUGGGAAGCUGCAUCGUUGACGUUCUGCUGGAGUCGCCUAACUUAAGUCAUUCUAAUGACCUGGUUUGGGUUCGGCUUCAACGCCUUCGGACAGAUACAUGUAUGUGAACCUGUUAGUACAGACGACGACACUACCAACAGGGUUAAAGUCAUAACGCCAUUUGAGUUCAAGUGUCAUGUUGACGGAAGCUGCUGUCGAAAAAUAAGGGGACUCCGAGCGAGCUGGAGUCGAAGCGCAACUCUUCACGCAAAUGGUGUGUGCUUGGCAGGUUUCAACGCUGCGAGUGGGAUUUGUGGGACAGGGUGCACGGACGCCACUGUCGGGGAGUCUUUCUUAAUCCUCGCUUUUCCAAACAGAAUUGAAUCAUGGGACCUGGACAACGAGAAGAAGACCCCAGUAUGGAGCAUGGAAGUCAAAACUCCAUCCGAAAGCGCUGGUACGCCCCCGAAUCUGCCCUUAGUCCCAGAUGGUUACAUUGCCAUAAAACCUCCCUUCUAUCGGCCAUUGUCUCCGCACCUGAAGGCCACCAGGCUGGCUCUGGGUGCAGAGCAUUGCAUUCUCCUCAGUGCCUCUGGAAGUGUGUACACAUGGGGACUGGGCAGUCACGGUCAAUUAGGGCACGGUGUCCUCUCAUCUGAAGAGCAGCCCAGAGUGGUGGAGGCCCUUUGGGGCAUGACCAUGAGCUGGGUGGCCACAGGAGGCUGGCACACUGUCUGCAUUAGUGACGGGGGUGACUUGUAUGUGUGGGGCUGGAACGAGAGUGGCCAACUUGGACUUCCCUCGCGAGCUGCUCGGAGGGCACAGCAACAUCAAAAAAGUCAAAAGGAAGCAGACACACCGGAGGGAGAGAAGGACGAAGAAGUGUUCAUAUCUAUCCAGGCAUUCCCAGCACUACUGGACGUUACUCCAUCGUGUGAGAUUAAGACAGUUGGCUGUGGCUCCCGUCACACAGCUGCUGUGACAUCUACAGGUGACCUCUACACAUGGGGAUGGGGUCAAUACGGUCAGCUUGGUUACGAGACAUCCUGUUCAGAUGAGCCGCGCCGUGUGGAGUUCUUCAGUGAACAACGAAUGCGUGUUGUCGAGGUGACGUGUGGGGCAUGGAAUACUUUUGCUGCUGUCGUCAAGGAGGAAGUAACUGCCUCUUAAAUAUUAUGGUAUCCUAUUGCUAAACAUGGACUUUGCACUGUAUCGUACAAAGUGACAAUUUAAGACUUGAAUUACAGUACGUUGUAUACACUCAAUAAAAAGCUUGACAACUUUGUAAAA